CUAGCGGCCCCCCCGCACCCCCCCCCCCGGGUCCUGUCUCUCGACAGGACCCUCUCCCCCGCUGUCUUCAGCACCCGGUGCGCACACCGCCACCUUCCCACAGUCCAUCCCACUCCACCCGCCCCAAACCCUAACCUCUCCCACCCCACCCUCUCCCGUUCCUCAUUUCCAUCCUUCCCGGGGUGGGUGUGUCCCAGACACAGGGACCAAAGAAUGCGACGUCGGACCCUGAGCUCCUGACCGCGGUGCACAGAGAGGGGAGGACGGCUCUCCAGGGCCCCAUGGUGUCCGAGUCCCAGAGCAGCACCCCCUCGUGGGCCCCCCUCCUCCCGCCCUUUAGUGCCCACUGUUCAGGCUCCUCCGGGGGUCCUCAGGUAGCCCCGCCACCGGUAACCCGACUGCUCAAGCCAGCGGGCCUCCCCGGUCCUGGCCGGAUUGGACUCUGGGGCCACGUCUGAAAUGGUGCUGUCUUGCUUCCCAAGGCUGGUUUGUCCUCUGGAAUCUCUUCCCCUCCACCCACUGACUCUAGGCCUUCACCCCAGCCACUCCACCUGGGGACACCAGGCCCUCUUGAUGGUGUCAGAGGUGGGCACAGGGACCUCCUGAACUUCAGAGGGUUGUUAUGUGAUUCGAUCUCUCAGCUUCCAUCAGACCCUCGUGGUCCCUGGAGGCUCAGCACCGCUGCUCCACACGUUCUCCUGGGCAAUCUCAGGGCCUGUGGGUUUCAAAUGCCACCUGGGCCAGAGGGGCAGCGGCCAAGUAGAGAGCCUCCCGCCCAGCCUCAGGGACUGGGCUGCUGUGGUGAUGGAUGGCAGGAGGGGUAGGGACAGAAAUGGGGGUUCGUCCAAGGUUUGCAUUCUCUGGUUGAGCCCCCCCCACCCCCGGUCCCACGCACAGAACGGCCCCCAGCGUGUUGCUCACCCCAAGGAAACAAGGGCGUUUCUCUGACGGUAUCAGGAAGCACCUGGAAGCCCCGGCGCGGUGUGGGGCCUGCUGGGGACAGCUGCCGCUUUGGCCUCUCGGCGUCCUUUCCCUGUUCCGGUCGAAGCAUCCUUGUGUGUGCCCUGGGGAGCCAGCCCUCUCUUACGUUCGGCCCAUGGGGGUCUGACUGUGACUGCCCCCUCCCCUGGUCUUGUGAGGGGAUGUGGCAUGCCCUGUGGCUCUUCCUGGCCACGUGGACCUGCUUCCCAGUGUAAGGCCCCUGGCCGUGGUCUGAGCUGCUGAGAGAGGCCGCUCUCCUUCCGCGGGAGGCUGUGCCUGGAGCCGUUGCAUGCGAGGACCUGUCACCCUCGUGGAGCCUUCACAUGGAGCCCGAGGGCAGGAGUGUCCGCAUGAGUCGGCAGAUCCCCGGAAGGCACCAUGGCCGCCCUGGGCAUCGUGGUCGCCCUGCUGGUGUGGAUGGCCACCCUGCUGCUCAUCUCCAUCUGGAAACACAUCUACAGCAGCUGGCAACUGCCCCCUGGCCCUUUCCCACUGCCCAUCGUUGGGAACAUUUUCCAGUUGGAAUUUAAGGAUAUUCCCAAGUCCUUCACCAGGCUGGCAGAGCGUUUCGGCCCGGUGUUCACCCUGUACCUGGGCUCACGGCGCUUCGUGGUCCUGCACGGCUACAAGGCCGUGAAGGAGGUCCUGCUCGACUACAGGAAUGAGUUUUCUGGCAGAGGAGAAAUCCCCGCGUUCCGGGUGCACCAGGACAAAGGGAUUAUUUUCAAUAAUGGACCGACCUGGCAGGACACCCGGCGGUUCUCCCUGACCACCCUCCGUGACUUCGGGAUGGGGAAACAGGGCAAUGAGCAGCGGAUCCAGAGGGAGGCCCAGCUCCUGCUGGGGGCGCUCCGGAAGACCCAUGGCCAGCCCUUCGACCCCACCUUUGUCAUCGGCUUCGCGCCCUACAACGUCAUCUCCGACAUCCUCUUCCACAGACGCGCUGACUACAACGACAGGACGGCCCUGAGGAUGCUGAGUCUGUUCAAUGAGAACUUCUACCUGCUCAGCACACCCUGGAUCCAGCUUUAUAAUAAUUUCUCAGGCUGUAUACGUUACCUGCCUGGAAGCCAUAGAAAACUAAUGAAAAAUGUGUCUGAAAUAAAAGAGUACGCUCUAGAAGGAGUGAAGGACCACCAGAGGUCGCUGGAGGCCAGCUGCCCCCGAGACUUCACUGACACCAUGCUGUUGGAAAUGGAGAAGGAAAAACACAGUACAGACCCUGUGUACACUUUGGACAACAUUGCCGUGACCGUGGCUGACCUGCUCUUUGCGGGGACAGAGACCACCAGCACCACCCUGAGAUACGGGCUCCUGAUUCUCAUGAAAUACCCGGAGGUCGAAGAGAAACUUCAUGAGGAAAUUGACAGGGUGAUUGGGCCAAGCCGAAUCCCUGCCAUCAAGGACAGGCUGGAUAUGCCCUACCUGGAUGCCGUGGUGCAUGAGAUUCAGCGAUUCAUCGACCUCAUUCCCUCCAACCUGUUCCACGAAGCAACCCGGGACACAGUGUUCAGAGGAUACGUCAUCCCCAAGGGCACAGUCAUAAUUCCGACACUGGACUCCCUCUUGUAUGACAGCCAAGAAUUCCCCGGACCAGAGAAGUUUAAGCCAGAGCACUUUCUGAAUGAAAAUGGAAAGUUCAAGUACAGUGACCAUUUCAAGCCAUUUUCCGCAGGAAAGCGGGUGUGUGUUGGAGAAGGCCUGGCUCGCAUGGAACUGUUCCUGUUCUUGGCCUCCAUCCUGCAGCACUUUAACUUGAAGUCGCCAGUGGACCCCAUGGAUAUCGACCUCAGCCCCAUCGCAGUUGGGUUUGCCAAGGUCCCCCCCCAUUACAGACUCUGUGUCAUUCCCCGCUCACAAGUGUGA